GAUUUUCGAAUGAAGCAAGGUGCCCCAAGCUAACGACUACCACCCAGCCUUAUCCAAUCCGUAUCCUCCUCCAUUAGAAGCAGCAGCAUAUCCUCUCCCAUGGUUCCCUUUUGAUUCCUCCUGCUCUACCCACCCCUCCAUCUCCACCACUACCACUACCUCCAUUAUCCGAACGAAAAUGGCGUCUGCAGCAUCAGCAACAUUUCGCCUCACUCAACCUUCUUCUUCGUCUUCUUCUUCUCCCAGACCAAAACCUCAUUUCACCCUCCCCUACAAACCCUACGUUUUUUCACCUAUUCCCAAAUACCCAAAACUCCAAAUCGCUUCGAAGUCCAUUGAUGUCUCCAAAGAAGACAAACCCAUCUUGGAUCCACCAACAGAACCGGUAGAGACCACAGAAGAAUUCGAUAAACGCAGACUAGAAGAGAAAUUCGCAGUCCUAAACACCGGAAUUUACGAGUGCCGGUCGUGUGGAUACUUGUACAACGAAGCCGCCGGAGAUCCAUCAUACCCGAUCGCACCUGGUUUGCCGUUCGAUAAAUUGCCGGACGAUUGGAGGUGUCCGACAUGUGGCGCUGCGCAGACGUUCUUUCAGAGUAAGAGUGUGGAGAUUGCGGGGUUCGCUCAGAAUCAGCAGUUUGGUUUAGGGGGUAACACGCUCACCUCCGGCCAGAAGGCGAUUCUGAUCUACGGUAGCCUUUUCUUCUUCUUUGUAUUGUUCUUGUCUGGUUAUUUUCUUCAAUGAAACACAUAUAUGGUGGUGGUAACUGGUAACGGUAUAGUUUUAAAGAAUUUUUGUAAUCUGUAUACCCUUCUCAUAUAAGUUCUGAAUCCAUUGUUCAGAGGUGAAUGCAAAAUCUUUUGGAGGUGAA